AUGGCUCUUGAAACCUUGUUGUCAAACGAGAUGGACAUGAACUACCGAUGGUGGAAAUUUCCAGCAAUCAACGUUGUGGAUCGAUACGCGAGUCACAGGUACAAGGUCAAGGAUCUCAAGUUCGGGGACGGGGAACUCGACCCAGCAGCUGAAGUUUUUUAUUGGCUUUUUAAGAUCGAAGGACAGAUGGAACAAGGCGACACAGCGUUGUCAGUUCCGGAUCUACGCGAGACUUCCCCGGCGGAGAUUCAAAGCUACGAGGAGAUGCAACGCUGGCUUGGCAAUCCUGACUUGCAAUCGGCCGACCUGGAGGCAGCUUGUAAAAGGCUCGGAAUCCCGAACCCUGAUAGGUCCCAAAUGCCUGAGGCUAGACGGCUUCGAGGAUUCAUUGGUGAGAUCGUUGUGCUGAAGCAGGAGAAGCUCGCAAUAUGGGUUGUCCGCCCUCUUAACACCGAUGUGCGGUCAUACCGCGCUGACUUGUCGCAAGGCCAGCGCACCGAUCUGGCCUUCGAUCUUCAUGAGGAAAAGCACAAGUGUACCAUUCUCAUUUGCAGCUAUCUGGUCUCCGCGUGUAGCUUGAAUCUACUCGGCCACUGUCGCGUUAUCAUACUGUUCGAGCCGUCUCCAAACGAUUCAAUCCUGAGGCAAGUGCUGGGUAGGCAACUACGCUGCGGCCAGAAGAAGUGGAUCCGACUCAUCAGCCUCGUGCUUGAGGAGUCCUUCAACCUCCGCCAGAAUGCGAACAACCUGGUCAAAGCUUUACCCGGACUCAUAACAUGCCUGAACUUGGAAGUGUGGGGCGAUGGCACGGAUGGAGAAGUUGGCCUUGGAGAUUGGGUGCCGUACCGGGGACAGCUGUACCAAGCAAAUGCUCCGACCGUGGCGGGAAUGAACUUGAACGUCCUGUUAGAUGAUGCACUUUUGGUGCUCGUUUAUAAGGCGCUCGCCGGCGAAGAACUCAGCUUUGAGGAUUCUAUGGUUGAGACCGCAGCGCAGCAGGGAGCGCAGCAGAGAGAAGGCGGAAAGGCCCAGGAUGAGGGGAAAGAGAGGAAGGAAGGUGUAAGAAAGAUGGAGGCGGAGGGGCGGAGGGGCGGAGAAGGGUUUUAUGCCCGAUGGCGGCAAGACGGAGCUGCUGGAGUCAUCGAUUGGGUUAGCGAUGAUGAUUAG